AUGAGAAGGGCAAGUUACAUGUCAGAUGUUCCCUUGUUCUCCGGCCUCCCACAGCUUUGUCUAGCUAGUUUCUAGAUCAAAAGCUGAGGAGCACAAUUCCAAUGUAGUCAAAGGGCAACUCAUCGGCCACCCGGGCGUGAGUUUCAGGCUACAUCAGAGUCAGCCUAUGCUACAGCAAAACAGCUCUAACCAGCGCGAUCCGUGCGCUUCCACCGGUUUCAAUGGCGCAACUGUGUUGAGGAAGCUGUUGUCUGUCGUACCUAGGCGGACUACUACCUAAGGUACAGUAGCUUCCAACGGCCGAUAAGAUAAGCAGAUCCCCCAGCACCAGCGCAGGCAGGCGGCAACCCCGCCACCAUCUUCCCUGUCCAAUCGUGAGACAACCCCGCCAUCCAUGUGAUCGCCCUGAACAGCUGCCACGAGCUUGACUCCUAGUCAUCGACAUCAGGCGGAACUACGACAAACUACAUCAUUCUCAGAGUCGGCGGAGGACUAGGCUGUCUUUCUUACCCUUACCAACAACAUCCUUCUCAUCAGCAAGAAAGACACCGCUGAAGACGACCGCGUCACCACAAAGCAACUAUACACUUAAGAGACCAUCGAUACCAUUCAACACACAGCGUCACCGACUCGAGAUACCGAAGCUUUCCUAUACGUCACAGACCUACGUCAACGAUGAAUCUUCUUUACUCGACCGUCAACACACUCCGCGACCGGUACACGCCGGUAUCGCACAAGUCCACCUUCCGUCAGACGGGCCAAAUCACCCCCGAAGAGUUCGUCGCCGCGGGCGACUACCUCGUCUACAAGUUCCCGACCUGGUCCUGGGGCGACGCCGAUGCCGACAGCCGCCGCGUCAGCUACCUGCCUCCCGGGAAGCAGUUCCUCGUCACGCGCAACGUCCCCUGCAACCGCCGACUCGACGACGACUUCGCCGGCGAUGCGGGCCACGAGGAGGCCGUCGUGGAGGGCGGCAAGAGCUCCGGGGCCGGCGACGACGACGAGGAUGGCUGGCUUCGCACGGGCGGGCUGGCGAGCUCGCAGCCGCUCAAGGUGAAGGAGGUGCGGACGGUGGACGACUCGGGAAAUGUGGGAGACCGGGAGGUUGUGGAGGAUGACGAUGAGAUUCCGGAUAUGGAGGAUGAAGAUGACGACGAGGCCAUCAUCCGCGAUGCAGGAGACAACGGAAAGAACAGCGGUCGCCGGACAUACACCCUUUACAUCAUGUACUCAACAUACUACCGCACACCCCGCCUCUACCUCUCGGGCUACUCGCCCAACGGCCAGCCGCUACCGCCGCACGCCAUGAUGGACGACAUCGUGGGCGACUACAAGGACAAGACGGUGACGCUCGAGGACUUCCCCUUCUUCGCCAACAACAUCAAGAUGGCGAGCGUGCACCCGUGCAAGCACGCGUCCGUGAUGAAGACGAUGCUCGACCGCGCCGACGGGGCGCUGCGCAUCCGGCGCGAGAAGCUUCGCGCCGGCAAGGCCGUCGGCGGGGACCAGGGCAUGGAGGGCCUCGUCGACGAGCUGGGCAAGCUGGAUGUCAAGGAUGCUCAGGCCGCUGCCGAUAAGGACGGCGAGUGGGAGGAGGUUGAGCAGAGCGAGGUUGACGAGCAGGAGGUUGCGAUCCGGGUGGAUCAGUAUCUGGUUGUUUUCCUGAAGUUCAUGGCCAGCGUCACGCCUGGCAUCGAGCACGAUUUCACGAUGGGAGUAUAGUUGGGUGGCCGCUUCUUCCUCGGUUUUAUUUUCCUUUCUUCUUAUGGGAAUGUCUUUGGGCAACGGGUGUGUCGGGCGACGAUGGGUUUUUUUUCUCUUAUGUCAUUGGAUUACGGGGACUUAGAUCUUGGGACUUUGACAAAUGGCGACUUACGAGAAUUCAGUAGACUACAAAGUCGAGACGGUAUAAAAUCCGCAUUAUCUCUAUCAGAAGUCGGAGAAUAGGUCUACCGCUCUUGACGCUUAUCUUCUUGGUGCAUGAGUAUUAUGACGGGAUGUGUGACGAGAAA